AUGUUUGUGAGAGAAAUAUUUGUCUUAGUGAGCAACAAGAUGGAGAAAAUAGUUUGUGCCAAAUACAGAUGCUCAGCAAAACAGAGUGUGAUAGCUGGGAACAGAACUCGACGGAACUGGACCAAUACGAUCUAAAGUUUGUCAUCUUGUCGAUUAGUGCAUACUGCCACACGAACGAGAACUUCACUAAUGAAGACUGCCAAGGAAACCAUUCCGCGACGGAUAUGGUCGGACUCAACAUAUCAUGGUCCAUGUUAAAUGAAAAUAGCGAUGCGGUCUUGCUGCAUCUGUGGAAUGCAGGAAAUGACACGAGGUAUCAGGAUGAGGGAGAGGUGUGUGUCCUCUUCGACUUCAGCAACAGCACCAGUCUACUGCACAUGCCCUUGGAGUUUGCGUACGACUGUCUGACGAGUCUCGUGUCCUUGGAGACGUACGUAGUGCGCUUGACGACGGCGUUGCCGGAACGACAGCACGUGACGUUCUAUGUCACUCCCCCGCAAGCUGCCAACAUGUAUCCGCCAUUGGCCGAGAUGUCGGCGUGGCAACCGACGAUCUCCGUCUCCAACAACACCGGCGCCAGCGUCGACGUCAUAUUCGGCACCUGCUCGCUGGGCUACUUCAAUUACUACGUCGUCACGGCGACGUACGAUUCGCAGUCGACCUACGAUUGGGAGGCGCAGUGCAGGCCGCUGGAAGCAGUCGUGCAGCCCCACGAAAUGAAUGUCUCGUCGCUGCAGACGACGGUGAAGCUACCAGCGGGACACUACCGCAUACACGUGCGCGGGUCCGUGGACGGCAUCGAAGCCCUGGGUGACGGAAGCAUGUCACCGUGGGUGACGGUCACCGCCACCAGCGCCUGUCCCACCCAAGACACCCCCAUCGCCAUGAUCGUGGCGGUGAUCGUGGGAGUGGUGGCGCUCGUCGGAAUUGCCGUCACGGUGAUACUCAUUGUACGUCGCAGUCUAUCAGGGAAGCAGACAGCUAGCGAUCCAACGGUGUUCUUCAUCUACUCUAACGAUCACCCGGUGCACAGCAAGGUCGUGGAGGACCUCGCUGCACUGAUGGAGCGACGCUGCCAAUGUCGCGUCAUCCUCGACAAGUGGCACUGCUCGCACACCGACCACAACGCCAUCUUGUGGCAGCAGCAGCAACUACGCGGCGCCGACUUUGUCGUGUGCGUUGCGUCGACGGGAACUAAGUUUAAGGAGCAUGCAAACAGGUUGCGCGGCCAGCCCGUGGACGGGGUGCGCACGGACAUGUUUGCUACGGCGAUGGACCAGCUACGCACGCUGCCGUGCGGACACAGCACAGACGACUCACCGCUGCUCCGGGCCGCAGACGACAAGUUUGUCAACGUCUACUUCGAGUAUUCCAAUAAAGACGAGAUUCCGCGGCAACUGGAGACGCGAGCAACCUUCCGUCUGAUGGCAGAGUUCCCGCUCCUACUGCAGCACGUCCACCGCCGCCGCCGCCGACGCUGGCGCCCCCUGGCGGCAGCGACCUCCGCAUCGUCGCACCUCUCCCUCCCUGAAGGUCGCGACCUUUCCGCCGCCGUUGCCGCCGCGCGCGUCUUCUUCCGCGAAAACCGAAACUGGUUCGUCGACAAACUCCAGGAGGAGCUGGAGAACGGCGAGGCGGCGGCGGCAGCGGGCGACGCCCCGCCGCGCGACCCCGCCGCGACCCCGGGGUCAGAGGUCGGCGCGCACGGUGGCGACGGCCCGGCGAACGCGGGAUGCCCGUGCCCCGAGUGCGCGCGUCGUCGUUGCCGCGGCGACGGCAGCACGUCUGGGAGCACGGACGCGGACUGCGAUGACAUCGACUUAUCCCCCGGAGCGAAUCUGAUAUCGGCGACAGACGCCGGCGCCACCUGCUGGGUCGAUCUGCAUCCGUUCAGAGACCCCGGAGUUUUCCGGUACCCUGAGUGCAGCUGCGUGAGCGAGGAGCCGGUCGAAAGCCAAACGACUCUGCUCGGUUGCCGCGGCGACGACGACGGCGUCUGCGACGAUUCCGCGCGCACUUACCCAUUUUCGAGUUAUAGCUGUGGCAACGGCAGUCCGUUUGCCGGCGCGUGGGGGUGCGUGAGUUACGAUGCGUCGAACAAGGAUGCUCCGUUGUUGAGCUGCGACUUUGAGAUGCAGGAUGUGCACUAA